AUUUUAGUUUUGGUUCAUUUACAACUUUCGCACUGCAAUUUCUUUUCUUCUUCUUCCUCUCUCUCUCCAACCACUUCCAGAAGAGAACGAACGCCUUAACAACGCGUUCCAUUAAUUUCCUCUUCAAUUUCAACAAUCUCUGCCUUUUUCCUCUACCAAACUUCUGAUUCAAUCUUCGUCCGAGUUCUUUCUGUUUCUGUUGAUCCUCAGUUCAUUGUACAAGGAAUUCCCCUCAAGGCACGCAUCUCAUCGAGCGCGUUGUGUAAAUUUGGAGGAGGGAAAUUGGAUUAGUGGUUGAUGAUCUUUGAACCAUCGAUUUGUUGAGGGGAUCGAUUUUUUUUGAGAUUGGAUCGGUGCGUCUUCAUGGCGUCAUCUGUUCUUUCGAAUUCUGAUCGUGUUCGGGAGUCUUCAAGGAAGCAAAAGAAGAAGAAAAGCCACAGCAACAGAGAUAAUCAUCAAAACCAGAAUCAUAUUAAAUGGAAAUCUCAAGCUCAGCAAGAAAUUUACUCAUCCAAGCUUGUACGAGCAUUGAAUCAAGUGAGACUCAGUCCUUCCAACGAGGCGCCGCCGCGCCGUGGCAGAGCUGUACGCGAGGCUGCCGAUAGAGUCCUUGCCGUUGCCGCCAAGGGGAGAACAAGGUGGAGUCGAGCCAUAUUAACGAACAGGUUGAAGCUCAAGUUCAGGAAGCCGAAGAAACAGAGAUCAGUAUCCACCGUUGGAAACAACCGCUCAAAGAAACCAAGAGUCAGCGUAUUACGGUUGAGAGGGAAAGGCUUACCGGCGGUACAAAGGAAAGUAAGGGUUCUUGGUCGGCUUGUUCCCGGUUGCCGGAAAGAACCGUUGCCGGUUAUUCUGGAAGAAGCUACUGAUUACAUAGCUGCACUUGAAAUGCAAGUUCGAGCCAUGAGUGCCCUUGCUGAAUUGCUCUCGGCCUCAACUUCUGCUGCAGGAUCUAGUUCGAUCCCUCCAAGCUGAUUUCUCGCUUUCCCUCUGAUGUUUUCCUUACCAUUUUCCUGCUUCUCGUUUCUUUGCUUUGCUUGCCUCUAUGCAAGUGAAGUAAUUGUCUGUUAAAUAUGAUUUGCUGCUUAUUUUCUUCUUCUUCUUUCCUUCCUCAUGAUAUUCUAUUUUUUCUUUUCACUCAUCUUCUUCCCCCCUCCUCUUGAAUAACUUCUUUGGAAUCCUAUGCCCAAAAAGGAGAAAAAGAGAAAAAAGGAAAAAAGAAAUUGGAAUCCGUACAUAAUUUGUGCUGUAAUCUUGAGCCUCAGCUUGUUUGUCGUUUUACAUUUACCUUUGGUGGAUUUAUUAACCCUCUUAAUAACACUCUUGAUUCUGCAGAGUUAAUGAGAAGAAGAAGAAGAAAGAGAGUUUUGAUGAA